AUGGUUGACUUUGAGCCUUUACUCGUUACAUCUCAGGCACCUGCACCACCAUCUCCGCGGGCUCCGUAUUCGGCGGGAAGCACCUCGUAUGGUCAGCCUCAAAAUACGAUGGGUACCUCAGCGCCCAACCAGGGAUCACAACAACAGACGCACACCACGCAGGUACAAGCACAGCCACAGCAACAGGCUCAGACGCAGCCACAACCACAACCACAACCACAACCACAACCACAGACACAAACACACGCACAAACACACCAAAAUACAACACAGCCGCAGACAAAAGCACACCCGCCACAACCCUCCCAGCGAACACACACGGGGCAGACACAAACGGCUACGCACACGGCACAAACGCAGCUGCACAAUGCACAGACCCACUCAUAUACAACUGCCACGCCUAUGUCAACUACUACUGGGCCGCGAGCUGGGCCUAGCACAUACACGCACACCACCCUGUCGACGCCACAGCCACAGCAGUCCGUCACACACAACGCAUCAUCGACACCGUUGACACAAUCACAGAAGCCGCAGACAGGGUACGCGCCAUCGUCAAGCACUCAGUCAGCCACAACAGCCAACCUACCGCAGAUGCAGCAAACAUAUUCCAAACCGGCUGUAAAUAGCAGCAAUGCAGGUAUGGGCAAUACCGGUACGACUAUGGGCAAUACCGGUACGGGAAUGGGUAGUACCAACACGGGUAUGGCUGUGGGGACGAACCCCUACCCACAGUACGCAAAACAGGCACCUACUACACAGGGGACACAACACACACAGGCUCAACCGCAAUCGCAGUCGAAGGCGAUGCAGACUCCGCCCCAAAGUACCGUGUCUAGAGUGCAGACGCAACCGCCGACACAGUCGUACGCACAGUAUCAACAGCCCAAAACGACCGCUGGAAAUAAUGGUGUUGGUGGGGUAGGUACAUCUGUCAACAGAUCCACCACACCCGUUGCCGUGGGAACGGGAGGGUCCAAUGUAUCGUCUGGGGUGCGGAAUACUGUGGGCAAUGGUACACACGCGAAGCCCUACGCUAUGACUAAUAGCGCGACGGGUGCAAAGCCUGGAACCCUACCCAUUCCCAGUAUGAACAAAGGCACUGCGUACGCCCAGCAGUCACAUGCUGGACAGGCUCACGCGAACACACAGAAUAGCUCGGGCUCUACUGGUGCACCAAUGACCACACCUUCUAGACCCGGGUUUGACUACAUCAAGAGACUCAUGGAUCACGUACGCACCAACCAUCCCACGAUAACCACUGCGCUCGAAGUAGUCAUCGACGAACUGCAUAUAAAGUUCAGACCGCAGCCGGUUGAGGAUCUCUUGCGGACUACCCAGGUUCUGCUGACGGAGUGUAUGCAGAGGGCCUUUUCGGGGGCCUUUGACUCUCAGUCUCCGCUGACUUCUCAUAAGCCCGUGCCAAGCAAUGUGGAGGUGCAUCUGACACGUCUCCAUGGUAACUUCAGCAACGAGAAAGUCGCGCCAUCGAUAGCCAUAUACGGCCCUGAUUUCGACCGUGACUUUGGUAAUCGCCCUCCGGAGGGCUACAAGCUCAUGUAUGUUAUCGAGAAACUACGCGAAUGGCACCAGCGGUUCCUGACAGAUGUCAAUGCGCUACCGCAGACGCAACCGCUGAGCUCUAUCUCCCGCCCGCUCAGCGUGUACCAGAAUGACGACCUCGACAUCCCGGGCGAGUAUCUGACGUACGAAAGCAUAUCCGUGGGCAAGCAGGUGAAGAUUGCGCGCUUCGAGUCGGAGGUGCAAGUGGUCAGGAAGCACAGCUCCACGCACAGACGGUUCAUUAUCCGAGGCGAUAACGGACGCCGAUACCCCUUCCUUGUGCAGCCUGUGCCGCAAAGGCAUGCACGUGCAGAAGAACGCGUGCUGCAGCUGUUCCGAGUCAUGAACAAGCUGCUAGACAAGCACAUUGAUUCGAGGAAACGCAACCUGUCGUUCUAUGCUCCUAGGCUAGUGUCGGUGUCGCACACGGCGCGCAUCCUGGAAGACAACCCCUCCAUGGUCUCUCUGGAAGACAUUUUUGCGGACUUCUGCGAAGCGAGGGGCAAGACUGUGGACUACCCCAUAAUGCUGACGUGUGAGAAGCUGUGCGAGUCGGAGGAAAAGAAAUUACACUCCAGUCUGCAGGACUUCAAUAUAGACAUGUACGACUACAUCAAGCGCAACUACGUGCCCAAUGAUAUCCUAAGCAAGUACAUAGCCAAGACGUUUGCGUCCCCGGUGGAUGUGUGGAUGUUCCGUAAGCGCUUCAUUGCGCAGUUGGCGGUGAUGUCCUUCCUCAAGUACACCAUGCACAUGGCGAACCGGUUGCCCCACACCAUGAUUAUAGCGCGUGAUACCGGAAACCUCUUAUCCACGGACUUGUACCCUAUGCUCAACUCGGAGGGCAAGAUAGAGGUCCCAGCCUCUGUGCCAUUCCGGCUCACGCCCACUAUCCAGCACUUCAUUACUGAUGCGGGUAUCAAGGGACCAUUUACCGCUAGCUUCCUGGCUACUGCGAGGGCUAUGACGGACUCGGAACAGCAUCUGACUAACUUCCUCAAUAUGAUGUUCAGAGAUGAGAUUGUGAACUGGCACGCAGGGCCAACUAACACGGGUGUUAAACUGCCCUUGUCCAACGAGCUGCUGAUAGAGAAGGCGUCGGCAAACGUCAACUCCAUGAUCAGCCGCAUGGUGGAUGUGGUGGUAACCCCGACCACACGCUCAGUAGAUACUGCAACGCAACCACAAACGACCCCUUUACCGCUUACCCACAAGGUGCAGGCUUUGAUAUCGCAGGCAACUGAUCCGGUCAAGCUGGCCAAUAUCGACAACACAUGGAUUCCCUGGUUAUAAAUGAGAGCAAUGGCGCAAGUACACGACAUCGCAGAGGCAUGUCGACGCAGAUGGAAUCCUUUAACAUAGAGGCACUUUGUUAUCACUCGUCAAUCCAUAGUUGAUGUUCCAUCAUCACGCAGGAAUGUAACAUCUUCUACAAAACUACAGCCAAAUUAUUGUAAUACUCAGGCAUCAUUGUCGAUCCAGGUGCUGUAUGUUGAGAUUGUAAAGAAAUAGGCUCUGGCGAGUUCUGGAAAUUCAAGCUCAAACCUAUUUUCGAGUUCUGAUAAGCUUCAAUUGUAGUAUAUUUACUUGAGACCAAUAGUGGAGGUUUUAGCUCCAAACACGAGCCAAAUAUAAACAAAAUAUAA